AUGAGCCACGCUCCCGGUUCAAACCGGGGACACCGAGAGAGAAAUGGAGACCACCGACAGUACCGAGACGAUGACAGACGGACAACAUCAGACAGGUCUUCCUCUCGACCUCAGUACUACCCCAUAGAGUCUGACCACCCUCCCCAACAAGAGCGGGAGGUCCCACGAGUGGAGCACCAUGACUCCAAAUGCACAAACAUAUGCUCCAGGAGAGGCAUCGUUCUGAUUUGCUCCGUCCUGACCAACUGCUUGGUCCUCAUCUGCUUGGUCGCAGCUCAGAUGGUGACGUCUGGCAUGUCUGCCACGACCGGGAUGGGCGCCUUCACCAUCAACUCCAACUUUAACCUGCAGGGCACCGAGCUGCAGCAGGUACGAGACCUGGACAUGCAGUACAGCCAGAUGAGAGCACCGAGCCUGUACGGCGGCAUUUCCUUAUGCCUUAUCUUCGGGGUCAUCUCACUGCUGUUCGUGGUCGCCGGGAACAAACCCCCUCACCGGAUGUCCCGGAAACUUCUGGUGGGAGCGCUGGUGUUCCAGGCGGUGGGCGCGGUGGGGUACGUGGUUGCCGUCGGCCUCUACCUGCACUUCGUCAUCAGGGUGAACGCCACAGAUGUGUGUAAGCGGCGCGAGUGUCUGUACGCACGUAACGGCUACACCUGGAUAAACUGCAACGUCAGCGGGGCGGACGCAGCCGUGGCUCUGUUUGGCCUCAUUACGGCCAUCCUGUACGCUGUGGGGACGGUCCUCACCAUCAACACCAUCCGCAGGGUGAAGCGCUACCUGCAGGAGCGGAAACACAGAGAGGCGGAGAGACAGCAGCUCCGAUCCCAACCACAGAGAGCCCCUUUGAGGGCCGACAGCACGUCAGCAGGACUGAGGUGGAUGGACUGA